AUGGCAGGCUCAAUCAACAAGCCGAAGAAGCCCAUGUCCAAGCGGACACCGGUGCGCCUUCGGAACAAGAUCGAGAAAGCCUCGAGAGCCAAGCAGCGAAAGGACAGGAAGCUCGCCAAGAAGAACCCGCAAUGGGUCUCAAAAGUGAAGAAAGAUCCUGGUAUCCCUAAUCUUUUCCCCUACAAAGAGAGGCUGCUCCAGCAGAUAGAAGAGGCGAAGAUCCAGAAACAGGAGGAGACUCGCCGAAGGAAAGAGGCGGCCAAGGCAGCCAAAGCUCAGCAGAAUGGCGAUGCUGCAAAGGAGGACGGUGCAGACUCGGAUGUGGAGGGCAUGGAAGACGACAUGAUGGAUGAAGACAUUGACGAGUCGAACCCGAUGGCGGCGCUUAUUGCCAGCGCGCGGGCUGCUGCCGAGAAGUACGACGAAGAUUUACAAACCGACGACGACGAUGGGAUGGAUGAUGAUUCGGAUGCCAGCUCAGACAGCGAUGGCGAAAGCGGGGCGAUCGAGGUCAGCGGUGGCGCAACCUCAAGAAAGGCCUUUGACAAGGUCUUCAAGCAGGUGGUCGAGCAGGCAGACGUCGUUCUCUACGUACUGGAUGCAAGGGAUCCAGAGGGAACCAGGUCCAGAGACGUGGAGAGAUCUGUAAUGGCGGCAGCAAGUGGUGGCAAGCGGCUGAUUCUUGUGUUGAACAAGGUGGAUCUGAUCCCGCCGCCUGUUCUCCGAGCAUGGCUGACGCACUUGCGGCGCUACUUUCCCACAUUACCUCUUCGGGCGUCCAACGCUGCCCCGAACGCACACACAUUCAACCACCGCGAUGUGACGGUUCAAAGCACAAGCACAGCCCUAUUCCGUGCGCUCAAGUCUUUUGCUGCGGGACGCAACCUGAAGCGUGCCGUUUCCGUCGGUGUCAUUGGAUAUCCCAAUGUUGGAAAGUCGUCAGUCAUUAACGCCCUGCUGUCACGCAUGAGUGGUACUCGCGGUCAACGAUCUGCCUGUCCCGCGGGUGCCGAGGCCGGUGUGACAACUGCAAUUCGAUCGGUCAAGAUCGACUCAAAACUGACACUACUCGACUCGCCGGGUAUUGUGUUUCCAUCUACGUCAUCGACAUCGACCUCCUUUGUCCCCAAGAACAAGACCGAAGCCCAUGCCCACCUGGUCCUUCUAAACGCCGUGCCGCCUAAACACAUCGAAGACCCUGUGCCAGCGGUAACUUUACUACUAAAACGACUCUCGGCUUCUCCUGAUCUCCUGAAGAAGCUGUCAGAUGUCUACGAUCUACCGCCGCUUUUGGCAGACGCUUCAGGCGAUGCGACCACCGACUUCCUGGUACAGGUCGCACGUAAGCGAGGCAGGCUGGGUCGCGGUGGCGUGCCCAACAUCACCUCAGCGGCCAUGACUGUGGUGACGGAUUGGCGGGAUGGCCGUAUUCAAGGCUGGGUCGACGCACCUGUGUUGGCGGUGGCCAAUGCGGAUUCCUCGGCCACUGGUGCUGGUUCUUCGGUAACUACCGUCAACGACGAGGCUACCAUGCCCGACCAGAAACAGAUUGUGACCGAGUGGGCCAAGGAGUUCAAGAUUGAAGGCCUCUUUGGCGAUGGAGAAGAGACCGCCGGUGUCGAUCAGGAGGAUUCGAUGAUGGAGUAA